AUUCUAGCGUGCUAGCGAUCAUGAGCACGAUAUGAUUAGUUCACUCCGAGAACGACAGUGACGACAACCAAUGAGAAUUGUACGUCUGUUGACGAAAACCAAUGGCAGUAGACCUUUUGUCAACCGUGUUCUAGCGACUGUCAGCGUAACUGAUUGCAGUCACUGACUUGUGCACGACUUUUUGGCACCGUUGUCAGGAGCGGGUUUGUUUCGUAAACAAAAAUGUUUCCGUUUUUCCGACGACGCCCGAUUUUCGGGAUUACUGCGCGGAUCCAGACCUUCAGCGGAUUCUGUAGUGAGAAGCUAUGGAAAAGCAGAAAUGGGGCCGGGGAGUGGCUCGGAAGUAGACUUUCGUGUCUUUAUAAGGCAGGUGCUAAGGGAAGCGGGCACGACAACAGGCGGAAAACCAUGUUUUCCUUACUCGCCAACCAGUGUAGUUUUGUCACUGGCCAGAGGCUCCGACGAGCUUAUCAGAUCGGCGAACUGUACUCGAAUCUAUAUGCCGAGCACACUCGCUGGAGCCUCGUGGGCUCUUUCUGGUACCGCUUCCAGAACAAGCACUGCAAGGUGGGCAAGCUGGUGGCGGCGCUGGCCGGAAUCUUCUUGUGGGAAGAUGAGAAGAUUCGAGACGAAGAAAUCCGAAGGUCAGCCGAAGAGCUCCAAAUGAUGGAGCAGAUGAAGAACCAGACCCCCGUUCCAGCAAAGACUCGAGGACAGGAAGACUCUGGCUGGGAAAUUGUCAUGGAGAAGAAGAACUUUUGGGUGUGGCGCAAGCCCAUCUUGAACGGCCAUCUUUAUGAAUACAGAGUGUUGGGGACCUACAAUGACAUCACCCCCAGGCAGUUCUUCAAUGUCCAGCUGGACACAGAGUACAGGAAAAAGUGGGAUUCCCUGGUGAUUAAACUGGAGGUGGUGGACAGAGACGCCAGUACCGGCACAGAAGUUGUGCACUGGGCCACACACUUCCCAUAUCCCAUGUACUCCAGAGACUAUGUUUACGUCCGUCGCUACGACGUGGAUGUGGAGAAGAACCUCAUGGUGUUGGUUUCCAGGGCUGUGGAACACCCCUUGGUUCCAGAAACAAAGGACUUUGUCCGGGUGCAGUCAUAUCAGUCGCGGAUGGUUAUUCGUCCACACCGGUCCUUUGAUGAAAAUGGCUUUGACUACCUGCUAACCUACAGAGAUGACCCCCAGACUGCCAUCCCGCGCUACUGUGUCAGCUGGAUGGUGUCCAGUGGAAUGCCCGACUUCCUGGAGAAGCUGCAUGCUGCUGCUCUGCGGGCCCGCAACCAAGAGGUGGGCAUGCAAGACUACAUGAGCAUGGUCAAACCCGUGCAGGAAUACCAUAGUGCAGAAACUGGGCGUGCAGGAGGCCCCGGCCGCAUGGAAUACGCUUGAGGUUGGGUCUGGCCAGCGUGAGGGGGCGGAGCCCUCCCUCGGACACGCCCCCAUACAAUGCACCACCAGAUAUCAGGACUGAGUUUCUGUAAUGUGGUGGAAGGACCUGGCAGAGCUCCACAUUCAGAGCACCAUUGGGGCCCACACUGAGACAGUUUCACUCCUGAGAACAUUCAAUGGCAUACAUGGUGAAACGGUACACCAGACAUGUGAACAUUGUGAACUGAGUGGGCUGCUCCUGUUAUGGUGCCCAUUUAGCUGCCUGCUCAGAAAAAUAAUGUUAACUGGAAGGGGUGAGGAUAUGCUCACUCACCGGACAUUCGUGGUACCCUGAAGGCGUUGUCUAAGCACUGUACUGUUACCUCCGUAACUAAAUGCCAAAUAUCUGGGAGAGAGAGUAGUGGUGCUAUCUGAUCGAGGCACCAGGAACCUUCUGAUGAGACCUUGCGGUCAUGUGGUACUGGCCCCCAGUCAGACAAGGGGACCUAGAGAUCCUGCUUGUGAAAACAGUGAUGUUUUGCUAGUUGCAAAACGGAGGAUUUUCCACCUGCUUUGCCGUUCUUUUAGGUCUUUAGGGAUUCGGGAUGACCUGGUCACCUUUAACAGCCUUUCAGUGAAUAACCUCUAGUGUCUUAUUUCAGCCGUGACAUCCUCAGCGCCAAGCAAUUGUCAGAAGCUCAUUUAUCAUGUGCCGGUGCCAGCAUCCUUCGGGUUUCAAGGGUCCUGUGAACCUCUGCAUCAAAAGUGUUCAUUUUAUCGUCUGUCGGUUUUGUAAAUCAAUCCCAAGCUUUAGGAAACUAAGUGGGAGUGUCAGUCUGUUAAUGUGGAUAUCCGAUGGACAGAGAGUUGGUUUCAAACCCCUUAGAGUUUAUAUAACUGUACAGAGUCAAAGAAGCAUUCUGGUAAUGUGAGAAUUUGGUUCCUUGUUUCAAAUACUUUUUUUCCCCCCCCCGAAUUGUUCCAUUUGUACGUUUCCCAUAUGCUGCAAUGGAAUUUGUCGUCACGACAGUACCCUCAGUAACCGUUUAAACUUGUCUCGGCGACGCCUCAUUGGCCGCCCUAUGUCACGUGACACAGCUACAGUGUCAUGUCAGAUGGGUUUGGGUGUGAGUGCAUGUUUUAGUCACUGCAGUAUAUAUUUCCCCUCAGAUAUUUUCCCUAAUAGUUCUGGUUGUGCACUGGGGCCUUCUCAUGCCUUUUGAGUUGAUGUCACAGUAUUGGAGUCACCUACCAAGGUCAUGUUUCCCGCCCCUAGCAACCUUGGUAAUAGAUAUGAAGGCACUUGAGAAAAUAUUUGUGGCAGUAUUCUGUUUUUUUUAUAUAUAUAUAUUAUUAUUAUUUUUUUUACUCUUUGAUUUUUCUCUGCGAUUCCAAAUUGUGAUUCCAAAUUUUAAAUGCGUGCUGGACUGUUCUGGCAUGUCAUAUAGGUCCUUAUGAUAUUUCAUAUCCAAUAAAUUGUGUGAACAGUUGUACUGAAUGCUAACUAGGCUGCAGUGAACGCCGCGGCAUUGUCCUGUAUGUUUAGUUUUGCACGCCCUGCAGUGGAGGAAAGGGUACGAUGAGGGAGGUUAUCCUGCAGAAAGAUGGUUGCAUAUAUGACACUGGGAAAAAUGUCACUUCCGUUUAAGUGGAUGGGCUUAUCCCCAGACAGUGGAGGGCUUUGUUACUGCUCUCAUUACCUUCCCACGUUCCGUUUGAAUUAUAGGCCAUUCAGAUAAUGCGAGGGGCUGCUGGUUUAUGUUAAAUCAACUGGCAAGCAGUAUAAUAAUUAUUCCAUAUAUGAUGAGUUAACCCACAAUGUAGUAUUAGAGUAUUUAGAGCCCAAGUGGUUGUCCGUGUCUGUGUGCAGACGUGAGCGUACAGCAGUUACCAUGCCAAUGUUAUGAUGAUCCAGCUUAGUUUACUAAGUUUACUUGAUUUAGUUCCUGGCUUUACAUAUCCUUCAUGUAUGUCUCCCACAGAGCAGCUAGUAACAUCCCCUGUCACCAUGGACCACCAUAACCAGAGUCCCCUGCUCAGCUACUGAAUGCGCUUCUCCAUGGGGCAAUGAGCAGUUAUAUGAUUCAGGAUAUGGUGCCCAUGAUUCCAGGGAUGCGCCGUGAAUGUAGGGCUAUGGCUGUCCCGGCUGGAGCCUGCUUUAAUGACAAGCCUGCUGUGCUUCCCCAGUCUUCCUUAACCCGGCAGCCUUUGGAGAUAAACCACAUGUACACAGAACCCUUUUAAUAUUUCACAUGCUGUAUGCUGAGAGUGCAAGCGGAUGACAGCCGACUCGGGAGUCUGGAAUUCUGCGCGGGCCAUCUGAUCAGUCUCCUUCAGGGCCAAAAGCCCACUUCCAUGCUCACGAUGGAUGGACAGCUGUCUGAAGGCUCGCGACCGAGUGCGCUGCCUUUUACACGCCUGCUGUGAUUUGUGUCUUUUGAUUUUUUCCAAUAAAUAAAAUGUUUUUCGCUUCUUUA